AUGUCAGAGGGCAAGGACGACCACCUGUGGGACACGUGUGUGGGUUCAGAGGACGAAGGCCGGAGGAUGAAGAGGCGAGAGAAGAACAGAGUUGCAGCUCAGAAGAGUCGCAAGAGACAAACACAGAGAGCCGACCUGCUGCAUGAGGCCUGUGAGCUGCUGGAGCAGAGGAACCAGAAGCUGAGGACAGAGGUGGAUUCUUUGUCCGAGGAGCAGCGCCUCCUGACUGAAGCUCUCUCCUCCCACGAGUCUCAGUGUCCCAUGAUGCACUGCUUCUUCUCCUCCUCCGGCCUGCAGCCUGACAGCAUGGCCGCCUGUUCGGUCUGAGGUCAGGGGUCACAUCUCUGACCUCUGACCUCUGCAACAUCUCUACAGCUGUGAUCCACCAUGUGAUGCAGCAACACAACUCUAGAGGGCAGUGUUCGCUAUUAUCAGAAAUAAAGUGGCAGAUUUCCAGAUGGUAGUGAAGAGCGCCCCCUGGUGGCCACACUCUACAUUACCAUCACUGUGGUUCCACUCCUCUUUCAGCUUUUAGUGGGAGAAUUAAAUAAAACAU